CUGUAAUGACGUCAGAAGCGUACCGUGUGCACUGGGUCGAAACUUUGCCCUGAAUGGUAGAUGCUGAUGUCCUGUGUAAGAACCAACAGACACGUAGCAACACCUUGAAGUGAAGCCGUUUCAGUCAUCAUCAAGAUGGGAGGUGUAAAGUUCCUCUUCGUCCUCGGCUUGAUCUGCCUCUUGAUCGUUCGGCCAUCAAGCGCCGACGUGAGUAAUACCGUCGAAGAACUCAUAGACACCCAAGCGCAGCUUUUACGUGAGAUCUUCGGUGAACUGAACAGAGAGAUCGAAAACCUGCAGAGAAAUUUCGACACUGAAUUAAGCGAGCUAGAAGCGAGGUUGAUGGCAGAUACAGAAGCGAAGGUAGCCGAGCUACAGGCACAAAUUGACGAUCUCGAAUCCAGAAUCGCAGCUCAACCAGCUGUACCUGCAAAACCAGCUACCAAAGCACCAACACAACCGCCGCCAACUAAACCUCCAACCGAAGCACCAACUACCACAAAAGCAACGACGACGACUAAAGCAACAACGGUGGCUGCGGGUCCAUUGGUUUACCACAAUUGCAAGGACGUUCGCGACUCCGGAUUCGACGUCAGCGGCAACUACAUGAUCGACCCCGAUGGAGUUGGCGGACCUCUGGCAGAGUUUGAAGUAUAUUGUAACAUGACAGAUAGUGGAGCAUAUACUUCUAUUGGUGUUGAGCAAGCGUCAAGUAUGCCCAUCACCGUGAAGGGUCCGGACGACCCCGGUGCGUACGUCUUUACUCCAGAAUACUUGGCAACGACAGAGCAGAUUUUGGCAGUUGUGUCUGCGUCGUCAGAGUGUAGACAGUGGAUUAGUUACUCGUGCACAAGCGCUGUACUCUUGGCGUACCAUAAGAAGAAAAAGCUGCAUCACGGAUGGUUGGUUUCUAGAGAUGAUGCCCAAAUGAUCAACUGGGGUGGCGCCCCAACCAAUUCCUUAUCAUGCGCUUGUGGAGUUACAGAUACUUGUGUUAAAAAUGAUAUAAAAUGUAACUGUGACGCUAAUGAUUCAAAACGGGAAUUGAACGAUAGUGGUUACCUCACGGACAUCGACACCCUACCGAUAAAAGCCGUUCAUCUGGGCGACGUCGCGGGCAAGAAGGAGAUAGGACAUCUUACUCUUGGAAGCCUAGAGUGUAAGGGUAAAGUGUAAAUGAGUGGUUCGGAGGGGUUUAAACAUGCAUUGUAGAUGAUGUCAUGAUCAACUGUAAUUCUUCCGCUAAUUAAAGUAGUUCCCAGUCCAAGUGCAUAAUAGAUUUUGAGUGUAAAUAUAGAACUAAAUUUUAAUCACACUCUGUAAAAAGAUUGGAAUCAAUUUGAACAAUUGUCGAUAUUCAUUUUCCGUCUUUUUAUAAUUAUCCUUUCUAUAAUCAUAUCAUGUAAUGAAGAAUUUCAAAAUUGUAAUCGUGUGUGCUAAAAUAUUUCUGAAAACAUCAUACCAUUUGGGUCAUUUCUUAAUUUGUCGAGAUAUUGGACACCGUACCGUAACUUCUUAAAUUCAAAAGAUUAAAUUUAACUCUAGAAUACCGGUAGUGCCAGCAGAGGUCACUCGAUUAAAAAUUCACUCUAAAAUAAGAAUGAAUUUAUUUUUAAAAUAGUGAUUACCGUAAGUACGUUUUCACUAAUUGUUCAUUGUUUUGAAAGUUAGAGAGUACGUUUUAAUUGUUUUGAUCAUCUGGAAAAAUCGAUUAGGCCCGGUUACCAACUAUUAUAAUCAUGUAUCUUUAUAUGUGAUCGCAUGUUAUACGAAUUAAGUCGGCUGCUCUGUUAAAACAAUGAGGAUGUGCAACGCACAUUUUUUGUCUAUUAUUAAUGUAUUAGGCAAUAAUAAUCUUAAUAGGGAGGCUUCGCAAGCUUACGAAAACGACAAAAAAUACGGUUACGUCAUCAACUGUUUAGUCAAUCCGUCUCUUACAUUUAGCAUAUCUGUCAUGAUCACAACGUAACAUAUCCACCCCUUUUACAGGAAUCAACGAUCAUGUUCAGCUCGUAUUUGUAUUGUCAAGAAUAUUAGGCACAAAUGACGAAAUGAAGAUAAUCCGAACUCGAAUAAUCCGGGCUUGCGAAAUCUUCCUAAUAUGUAAAGCUUUACUUUCUCAUUUUACGCAUAAUGCCAGUCCAUGUCUUUGUAUCAUUCAUUAAAUAACAUGUGCUAUACGUUUGAAGAUGAGCCAAAUUUUAGCUCUUCUAUAUUUGUUUUAAUGUUCAAUAAAAUACCAAAAAUUGGCUA